AUGUCUGUCAGCUUCUCCACACUUGUGCAGCGCGCACGGCCGGCAUCCAACCAUGCGACGACGCAGGCGCUGCAGGAGGUGAUUGCGAAAAUUCCUCCCACCAACCUCAGCACCGUCGGGAAGGGUGUGCGGGUGGCGUGCGAGGAGAACCCCCUCGCGACAAUCGCCACCGUUGGGGUGUGGCUCGACGCGGGCACGCGCCACGAGCCGGCGCAGUACGCGGGGACCGCGCGCGUGCUGCAAAAGUGCGGGCUGCUCGGAACGACAAACCAGACGGGGUCGCGGAUUGCCAAGGCGCUCGAUGAGCUGGGUGGGCAAAUCAGCGUGCAGGUGGGCCGCGAACAGACCCAUCUGUACAUGCGUGUGGCGAAGCAGAACACAGAGCGGGCCGUUGGUCUACUUGCAGACGUGGUGCGUAAUGCCCGCUGCACCGAUGAGGACCUUCAGGCCGCGAAGCGGGCCGUGCUGCAGGAGCAGCACGAGUUUGAACAGCGGCCGGACGACAUUUGCAUGGACAACCUGUACCGCUGCGCCUUUGAUAGCACCUCCCACGGCCUUGGCACGCCCCUAUACGGCACGGAGGCCGGCGUCGAACAGCUGACGGCGGAGCAGCUCAGGUCGUACCGCACCAGCGUCCUCAACGCGAACCGCGUGGUUGUCGUUGGCAGCGGCGCGGUUGAACACACUACCCUGGAGCGCGCUGCCAACAGCCACUUUGGUGAUCUCGAACCACCCCCCGCAAAGGCGGUCUCCCUUCCGGAGGCGCGCUUCAUUGGCGGCGAGUACAAGUUGUGGAACCUGCGCUAUAAGACCGUUCACAUCGCCUGGGGCUUCGAAACGUGUGGGGCGACCUGCGGGGACUCCCUGCCGUUGGCCCUUGCGUGUGAGAUUCCCGGCCCGUUUCACCGCUCACAGCACGAGUUGGGGCAGCACGCGAUGCAUCGCGUACUGAAGACGUUCUCCUCCCUCGACCACAGCACCCCGACGAACACGCACUUUAACGAGAAGUGCAUCGAGAUUGCGAAUCCCUUUCUGCAGCAGUACAAGGAGACGGGUCUGUGCGGCAUGUACAUUGUGGGUCGUCCGGCGCAGAGUGGCCCAGGCGACGCAGGUGCCAUGAUUGAGGUCUUCCAGUACACUAUGGCGGAGUGGUGCCGCAUUUGCCAAAAAAUGCUGCACCAGAACGAGCUUGAGCAGGCCAAGGUAAACCUCAAGUCUCAGCUCCUCUUCAACAUGGACGGCAGCAGCAACUCCGCCGAGGACAUUGGCAGGCAGGUCCUGCAGUACGGCCGCCGUAUUCCGCUGACGGAGAUGUACGGCCGCAUCGACGACGUGACCCCGACCAACGUGCAGGAGGUGCUGCAGCACUACUUUUACAGCCGCAAGCCGGUGUACAGCUACCUUGGCUACUGCGCCAACAUUCCUGGCUACGACUGGACGCAGCACUGGUCAUACAAGUACUGGUACUAG